AUGACCUCCCUGCCACCUCCCCACCUAGUGACUUCGGAGAGGAGGCCCUCAAAGCCAUCCUUAUUGGAUGUUCCUCUGAAUGCCCCGACUGGCGUCGGUGUGCUGGGAAACACCAUGCUGCUUACGGUGUAUGUCAACAUCUUCAUUUCUCAGCCACAUCAGAAAAAGCCCACAGACCUGAUCCUUCUCCACUUUACAGUAGCCAACACAGUGAUACUUCUCACUCGAGGUGUUUCAGAGGCAAUAGUGGCCUUCGGGAUGAACAGUAUUCCAGAUGAUGUUGGGUGCCAGGCCAUCACCAUCAGCCCCAGCACCUCCCCAUUGGCCAAGUUCAAAUUCAGAGCCCCCAGCUACAUUCUCCUUUCCCUCGUCUUCUCCUGGAUCUUCAACCUGUUGAUCUACAUAGAAGUAGCUGCAUUCACUCGAGCCACCAAAAACGUCACCAUCAUGAAAUCUCUUCUUCGUGUUCCUUAUGAGCUGGGCCAGUGGCUACAUGGUGGCUGUGUUAUUCUGACACAGCACAUCCACAGCAGCAGCCUCUCCCCCAAAUCAUCACUAGAGAUCAAUGUCAUCCAAACCAUCCUGCUCCUGAAUGCCUCCGUGGGAUCCCGCACCAGUUCUCCUCCACACCAACAAGGCUGUCAAUAUCCAAGGGACCACAUCUAA